GACACACAUCAUCUUCUCCUCACACCAACUCCAUUCAAAAAUCCUUCUCGCUGAUAAUGUCCAAAAAUGAUGAUCGGAGAACAUCUUCCACAUUCGAAUCCAACUGUCCAAAUCCCAUCAUGGGACCCAUUUCUCGACGAGCCUACGUCACCGUUACCUUCCCCAUUCAGUAACGCCACUACUUCCCCUUUCCUUGAUUCCUUAACGGCGCUCCACCGUUACUUACCCUCGAACGAGCCUGACUCGUUUAGCGACGACUUUGACGUGGCUGUUGAUGCUUUUUCAUGCGAUCAUUUUCGCAUGUACGAGUUCAAAGUUCGACGCUGCGCACGUGGCCAGUCACAUGACUGGACUGAAUGUCCGUACGCUCAUCCCGGAGAAAAAGCUCGCCGUAGAGACCCCCGCCGGUAUCAUUACUCUGGGACCGCCUGCCCAGACUUUCGGAAAGGUGGAUGUAAAAAAGGUGAUGCGUGUGAGUUUGCCCAUGGUGUUUUCGAGUGCUGGCUGCACCCGGCUCGCUAUCGCACCCAGCCGUGUAAAGAUGGCCCGGCUUGUCGCCGUCAAGUCUGUUUUUUUGCCCAUACCCCUGAUCAGCUUCGGGUUUUGCCGCAGCAGAGCCCCAGAGGUAACAGGUCUGGAUCGGGUCCGAGCGACAUGGAAAUUGGGUCGCCUUUGAGGCAUCAUUUCGACUCGUACUUUACUAAGGCGGGAUCAUUUGGUUCUUCUCCAACGUCGAUUUUAACUUCGCCGCCAUUGUCUCCUUCGGAUUCGCCACCGAUUUCACCGAGUAGCCCUCAAGUGACAGGAGGGUCAUUCGGGUCAUUCAACUCGGCGAGUGAGCUUGUUGCGUCUAUGCGCAGUUUGCAGCUGGGUAAAAUGAAAAUUGGACACGCAACUGCUUCCUGGGUCAUGCAAAAUAGACCUGGGUUUGGAUCCUCUCGUGGGUCAUCUCUUCGACCCAAUUUCUGUAGCCUACCAACUACUCCGACCCGGAUCAUAUCUCGGGUUGGACCGGGUCAGCAGGAUUUCUGGGAUUGCAGUCUUGAUGAAGAGCCUGUAAUGGAGAGAGUGGAAUCAGGAAGAGAUUUAAGGGCAAAGAUAUAUGCAAAACUUAGCAAGGAGAACUCGCUAGGUCGGGUUGACCCGACUCCGUCUGCGCCUGAUGUUGGGUGGGUUUCGGAGCUGGUGAAAUGAAAUGAAGUUGAAUUCUAUUCUUUUGCAACGGCGGGAUUUAGUUGAUUCCGGUGGCCUUUUGGACUAAUUGUUCUCUCUCUGACUUAUGUGAAUAUGAAGGUGAAUUCGGUAAUUACAGUAAUUACUUCUGUAAAUAUUAGUAGAUGGGAGAGAGAUUUCAAGAAUCUCGGUUUUUUGGGGCAGUUGAGAAAUCAAGAAGAAGAAAAAAGGAAAAAAAAAAAAAGAAGAAGAAGAAGAAAAGAUUGCUGCUUUUUGUGUACAGACAAGAAGAUAUCUUAGGGCCUGCCGGAAUGGGGGUAGCACAGUUUGUUUUGUUAUGUUCUGUUUGUUAAAUCAUCCGAUUUGUCUUUGAAAUUGUAUCUUCUUUUUGGGUAUCAUUUUUAUCUAAUUUUCCCCUCCGGAAUUUGGAA